GUCAGUAGGCUUGCUUGCUUAAAUCACAGGGGAGAAGGUAGAGAGAGUGACUAGUUCCUAUAUGACACUUGUCUACUAUUCGAGGCACGAUGUGAUACAGACCCAAGCUUGCUUCCUUUCAUGUUAUUCUUCAACAUCUUACAAGAGUGUACUGAUUAGUUAGGGCAUUGUCAAAGGAGCACCUGAAUCCCAAAGCGACAAAUAAGAAAGUAAUGAAGGAGACAUCAUCUUUUUGGCCACAGAACCCAGGGCCAGCAGGCACUCAUGCCCCGGAAUUGGAGCCACUAGGUCAGGGAUGUGUACGGCCCCUCUGUUAAAAGACUCAAACCUCAACUCUCACAAAGAAGAGGCAAACUAGAUAUUGCGCUGGGCCAUAUAGUUGAUUAAACUUACACCAGUCAAAAAUGUCUUAGCCUCUUAGUUAAAGAGAUUAAUUAGUGUUCAUAUGAUGUAAUAUUCCGAAUAAUUAUGGAGUGACUUCCAAGCUCUCAAAAGAAGUGUGGGAUCUACCGAAUUCUCCAAAUCUAUAAUGAUGAUAUUCAGUUGAAGUGCAUGGUCAUGUAUAACACCAUAGCCAACAUACUUGAAAGCCAAUCCCCACUAAAACAGGUUAAAACCCUAGAAUCCAAGGAAACACAGCUCUUUGCUCCCCACCAUCCCCAACCAAACCUCUAGUUUUCACAGUAAGAGAAGGAUAAAAGCAUGUUUCUUUACUACGUACCCCAGCUCACUUCUAUAAAGCACAAAAUUCACAUCAAUAUGGGUCUCUUCCAAAAACACUCUUCAUCAUGUAAUGUUAUAGACAGUGGCAAAGUGAUUGAUUGUUAUAAAUCUAUACCCCCUACCACUACUCUGAGUCAUCUCAAACCCAUUCUCUCUAUUCUACAAUCACACAUACCAUACUCCCUUCUCCCGUAAUUCUCCUCCCAUAAAUACCUUUCCAUAUCCUGUAACAUUAACUUCCAAAAUCAACUUUCACACCACAUGUUCGAAAACUUCCAAUAGUUCUCAAAAAUGUCCAUCACAGGACUCUCAUCAGACCCUAGUAAGCCUUACAAGAAGUCCUUGCAUCGGAGAAACAAUUCUGAUGAGCUUGAUGUGUUUGAGGCAGCACGGUAUUUCUCAGGAUACAAUGAAGCAGGUGCGGGGUAUAAUGGUGCAACUUACACACAGAGAAUCAUGAGAGAAGAUCAUAAGAAUUCUUGGAGGGGAGGAAGAAUGAGCCUAGAUGUACCAAUGAGAAAUCCGCUACCUCAUCAUCUCCAUCAACAGCCUCAUACAGUGGAGAAGCAAAUACUGAAAGAGAAGAAAUACAAGCAACCAAGCUCUCCCGGUGGUAGACUUGCCAGCUUCUUGAAUUCUCUCUUUAAUCAAACAAGCUCUAAAAAGAAGAAAUCGAAGUCCACCACACAAUCAAUGAAAGAUGAUGAUGAGAGCCCCAGUGGAAGGAGGAAAAGGAGGAGCAGCAUUAGUCACUUUAGAAGCUCAAGCACAACUGAUACAAAGUCUUUGUAUUCUUCUUCAAGCUCUGGUUUUAGGACACCCUCUCCUUAUACACACCCUCCAACAAAGGGCUGCAAGGAGUCCAGAAGCUAUUCAGAUCACAAGCAAAUAGUUUCCUUGUCAAAGCAGAAUGGGACUGUGAAGUCCACAACUUUCCAAAAUGAGAUAUCGGAUGAUAAAAAGAAGUCAGGUUUCUCUUGGCUGGAGGAGAGAUACAAAUUCGUCAAUGAUGGGUUUUCAGAUCAGAAAACAACCAAGAAUCGCGGUAACCAAUAUUUGGAGAAAGACAGGACUUGGGUUGAUGAACAUUAUCUAUCAGAGGAAAACGAGUUUAGGAAGUUCAAUGAGGUGGAUGAUGGAGCUGAGAGUGAUUCAAGCUCUGAUUUGUUUGAACUGCAAAACUGUGACUUGGGUAUCUACUCAAAUGGUCUGCCCGUGUAUGAAACAACACAUAUGGAUAGCAUCAAAAGAGGAGCAGUUCCAAUUUCAAAUGGCACCCUAUGAAAGACAGAAUUAUAUUUUGUGCAUUUCCCUUUGUUGAACGGUUAUUAAUUGAUGAUAUUACUAUAAGAAGCUGUGAGAAGAAUAUUAUUGCCAUAUUGUCAUGUCUUAGAUCUUGCUUUUCAAUUUUUUUCCUCCUUCCUGUUUCAAUUCCUUUCUUUCUUUUCAUGUCUGUAUGUACAGUGUGGAAUGUUUAUUUGUCUUUCUUUUUCUCUCUUUCUUUCGUGUAAAGACCACCAUAGUAGUGGCUUCCUUAGAUUGUG